AUGGAGCGGCCCAUCGAUGUUCUUUGUGAGGAGGAAAGGCUGCGGCGCCUUUCUGAGCGGGUCACCUUCGAUGGAGGUGAUUCGGCGGAGCCAGCACGUCAAAGAAGGGCCAGGAUCCUGGUUGAGGAGAUGACCACUUUGGGUCCUCGCCUGCGAUCCAAAAGCAACGAAGAUCGCCGGUUCAAGGCCAUCAGAGCUCUGGAAGCAGGUUUGCAUGCGCGGUGGAAAGCAGUGGUUCAUGAGAUGUCUGAGGGCCACAAGGGCCCAUCCGAGCGUGUGAGGAAAGCAGCAGAGGAGGAUUUGGAGCGUACAGCUGUGCCGGUGCCAACGCCUCAUCCUACUAUCCCUGAAGAUAUUCAUAGCAAACUGCUGGAUGCCUUAGAGGGCGUGACAGUUCGAGCUGUAGUUGGACUGCGGGGUUUGACUGAAGUCCCUCCCAAUGUGGAGGCUGUCACACUGGCAGUUUUGCACCUGGUGAGUUGUGAGUACCUGGGCCAGAUGGGCCUCGGUCCUGAAGCCCCAGAGAAUUGGGAGGAAGCCCGGAGAGUCUUGCUGAAGCCUGGCCAUUUCGUGAGCUCUUUGCGCAAGUUCCCCUCUUCUUUGGAGCAAGGGCAAGUCAAUGAUAGCAAUAUCAUUUUUGCGCAGAAGAAGCUCCUGCAGAUUGGGAACGCUGCAAGCACCGGCCUGGCGGAAGUCCACGAAGGUGCAGUUCAGCUCUAUCAUUGGCUGCGUGCCGCCUUACAGCUGGCUCCAAGCUCCUUAGUGGCAGCAGCAGCCAGCCCAGCUCGCGCCAGUGCAAGCCCACUGGAUCCACUGCAGCCGGCCUACCCAAGAUCCGCGCCAAGUUCGCCACAACACAAGAAAGAGGAAGUGAAACCCAGUCCAUCAAAGACGACACCCAAAGCUGCACCAGUGAGGGACUCACGUUUCUCCUCGAACUUCCGCCUCUUUGCCUCAGGUGUUAGCAAUGGCUACCACAAAUCGCCCAACAAUUCUGCCACCAGUGCCACCAUCAGUACCUCAAGAUCUGCUGGAUUCAAUUUGCUGCAUGGCCCAAACCGUCGGUUUUCUGCCAAGACCAUCGGAUAUCGGUGA